CAAUGCUAGAGGGAAUUCUUAACAAGAAAAAAUGUUUUCACUGUGAGAGCAGCACGCAUCUGGAGCAGUCUGUCAGAAACGGUUAUAUCAGCCCCAACGUCAGACAUGAAAACCACUAGGCCUAUAUUGGUAAUCCUGUUCGUGAUUGGGAUGAACAUGCUGAUAAAGGCAGGAGAGACCAGGGGCCCGACGACGGAGACUAACAUCAAUGAUGCAGAAAUCAUAGCCUCGUUUGAAAUGAUUGACGACAACAGUGAUGGCCGUAUAUCCAAGGUUGAGUUGAUAAAGGGCGUGGAGUUACUCGGAAUGAAUCCUACAGAAGAGUACCCUCAAGUGAUGAUGGGACUUGCUGACCUUGAUGGUGACGGUUUUAUCGACUUUGAGGAGUAUAAGAAUAUGAUACGUCACAAUUAUAUAGAAACAGAUUUUGACUCUGCAUUCCGAAAUAUAGACAAAAACAAAGAUGGAUAUUUAAGUGUUGAUGAGCUCAGAUCGGCGCUAACAUACCAGGCCCCACCUGAAACGAAAUUAAAUGUGGAACUGUGUAUGGAGGAAGGUGACGUUAACAAAGAUGGGAAAAUAGAUUACACGGAGUUCGUGAAUUCGCAGUUGUGUACCAAGAUUUUCACUUAGUCUACGUACCGGUACUUGGUUAUCAAUACCCCGAUAUCAAUAAGCGAACAUGCACAUUGAUUUUUUAUUGGUUUAUUAUUCAUUUAUUGAUUUAAUUUUGUGGCGGCACGUUUACAAGAUGUUUACGCAGCUGAGAUGCCAUUAGUUUGUCGUUACCUUCGCCCUAAUUGCCGAUGGCCUUCACCAUUUAACAAUAGAGAAACGUUGUGCUAAUAUAUUUUAUUGCGUAAAGAUUUUUUACGGCUUUUCAAUAUGAGGAUUUUCAGGAUGUAAUGAGGAAUUUCUAAUCAUAACCAGAAUGCAGAAAGAAUUUUUGUAUUCAGAAGCCUUUUCUAAGUAUUAAAUAUUCAUUGCCUCAAAAAUUAUCUAAGGAAAAUUUAGAAACUGUUGGAUAUCUAGCAUGUAAUCGACAUUGUCAUGAUUAGAAAAAUCAUAAAUUGAUAUUUGGUGUGCCAUGAAUAAAUGAUUGCAAGAAAUAGCAUUCUCUAUGAAAACAACCAGACAAAAUGUUUGUUUAUGAGUGUUCUACAACUUAUUUUUUUUAGAUUGGUAA